GUAAAGGCGUGGCCAGUCAUAUUUGUGGCAGUUACCUGAGAGCAACAAGAUUAAAGGACGCUGCUGGCGGCGUCUACUUUAAUCUACACAAAAGAAAACAAGAUGGUGGAACAAACAAGACAGCCGAGCCGCGUCGUCUCCCUCCAGGCUGGACCUGGUGAGGUGGACACUGGCACCCUGUUUGAGGUGAAUCUCAGGAUCAAUGACAGGGCCGCACGGGCCUUCGGGCACCAGUUGGCUAUAAUUGGAGACCAGCUGAACCGCGAGUGGGCCAGUAGACAGCCCAACUGGCUACCAACUCCUCUCCACAUGCUGAGACCGGCUCAGGCACUGACCAGGACCAUCUAUCGGGACAUCCACAGUCAGUUAUGGGGCUUCCAGGGUCUGUCUGCAGCAGUGAAGGCCUGGAUAGCGAGCACUGCGCCUGGGCAGGGGAUCCUUAGGGCUGAUGGCUGGGCAGCCUGGGUGUCCAAUUUGAAACCAGUAACCUGCGCUGGCUGGACCAGAGGAGCGCUGGUGACUGUGGCACUGGUGGCUGCAGUGACCAUUUUCGGUGCACUAUGGGUAGAAUGGAAAGCCUAAAGGGCCAUAAGCAGGUCUUUUCGGCCAUCAUAUAUUUGACAUAAUAUUUGCAAAUGAAUGAGGAUUAUUUCUAACUGAUUUGUUUCUGCUGUUUACUUUGACUUCUCUUUUUAUACUAUUUUCAUGAGCGGUAUUGAAUUUGACACUGUGUGAGCGGAAACAGGAGUAAAAACUGUAAGAUUCAUGUGGAAAUUGUUUAAAAUCGGUUUUACAGUGUUGGCCAGGAUAUUGUAGCAGUGACAUGUUGGUUCACAGUUGUAUUAAUGUCAUAAAGCCUGUUUCCUGUGUCUGGACUGUUGCUGGCUUGCAGUCUUUUGUAUCCAGAUUACUUACUUCCUGGUUAAAGGCCAAAUUUUUUUACAAAUGAUAUGUAGCCUGGCUUAAUAUAAAAUGAAGGGAGCUGGACUUUCUGUGCUUUUUUAUGUGUUGCAAAUAAACUUCAAAAUGAUGACA